CUUUUCGGCUUUCUGGGAAUUUUUUUUUAAAAAAAACUUCGGCAUUUGGUUGGGUAAAAGGAAGACUGAGCCGUCGAUGUGGAUUUGGACGGCUGGGAUCGUCUCGGCAGUUAUGGCGGUGUCGUACUCGUACAAGGUGUUUGUCUGCUAGUUCAUGUAGCGUUGUGAGCAUCGAACAAAUUGGAAUUCGCUGGUUAGUCAAAUACUGCACAUUAGCUGCAUAGCAAAUCAAGCGCCUUGCAUCACUGGGAGAAAGGAGAAAGCAGGAGAUGGCCAUUACCAGAACAGAACAGCAGGUUUUAACCUAACAUUCUCUCCGUCUUUUUUAUGGAUUUUGAACCUACCAUUCUCGUGAUCGAGAGGAGAGAGGACUGGUUGGUUCGAGACAUUUGAUCCAAUCUAAAGCAGCGAUGCGUGUGACGACCGUGUGUCAUCAUCCAUCGACCAUACCGCGCGUCCGCUCCUCCCUCCUGCGCCACUCGGUCGUGCCGCGCGCGUACGAUUCGUUCGACGACAUGGCCAUCGUCUCCGUCACGACUGCCACCGCCGCAGCUGGCGUUCUCAUUCUGGUUGUCGCCGCUGGAGCAGCAGCGGCCGCCGGAGCACGUCGUCACCACGUCGUCGGAGGUGACCCGGGGUGGGCGGUGGCCUCCGACGUCCUCGCCUGGUCCGCGGACAGGCUCUUCACCGUCGGAGACACCCUCUGGUUCGCGUACUCGGCGGAGGACGGCGGCGUCGCGGAGGUCGGCGGCGAGGAGGAGUUCGAGUCGUGCGACGCCGGGAGCCCCGUCAGGAUGUACACGGAGGGGCUCAGCCGCGUCGACCUCGGCGGCGAAGGGUCGAGGUACUUCGUCAGCGCCGACCCGGACAAGUGCGGCGGCGGGCUGAAGCUGCGCGUCGACGUGCGGGCUCCGGUGGCUGGUACGACGCCACCGCCAGGGUCGUCGAGGAAGGGCGACCGAGCUGCCGCUCCGGCGCCCGCGCCGUUGGCGUCCAGCGGCGGCCGCGGAGUCGCCACGUCGCGGACGUGCGUUAUGCUGUGCUGCCUCCUGUUCCUGGCCAUAUGAACAUGGAGCAGUGGAGCACGGUGUGUUUCGUCUGAUCUGUCAAUUGUGGUGUUGUAUUCUACCAUGUAUAUCUUCGCCUAGCCUACUUUCGAGAAUAAAUUUACCGACUUUCUGAUCUUACUAGUUCGUAGGCUCGUAGCGAGACAGUCAGGCUGGCCGUAACAACGGUAGUUACCUUGGCCAUCCUAUGGGUGAUAUCUUAGGCUCGUAGCGAGACAGUCAGACCGGCCGUAACAACGUUAGUUACCUUGGCUAUCCUAUGGGUGAUGUCUCAUAUGGCGACAUAUAUGGUGUAAUAUUGAUGAUAUAAUAUUUGCAAUUGCACAA